AAUGUCUCCACCCCCCGAGGAUUUUCCUCGCCGCCGCUCAUCGAAUAACUAUCAAACAUUUUCCCAAGGUGCCCAUGAAAGUGGCCCGUCCACGAUGACGGGACAGAACGCGCAGCAUGGUUACAGCUCCAGUGUGAGUUCCUCUGCGUCAUCGUUAUCGGGGUCACCGGGAGGAUCACCGCAGCCUCUACUACCUACCAAAGAUUUCCCCUUCCCCAUAGUUCCAGCAAAGCCUACAGUACCUCGAAUAUGGACUCGAGUGCAGCAUCGCUUGAAACGUCAUUGGGUUUGGUGCUUGGCCGCACUUGCCUUCCUCGCCGCACUUUCGGCCAUGAUAUUUGGUUUCAUCGGCCCCGGCAGAGGAAUAGACCCUACUUUGGAGGAUCCGGAUGAACCAUUAUUAGUGAAUCUGCCCGGUUAUGGAACGUUCAGAGGUGUUCAGGUUGUUAAAAGUGCGCAAGCGAAGAUUGCCUUCCAGGACUCCGUGGAAGCAUGGCUAGCAGUCGAAUAUUCUACGCAACCGGCCAACGACACUCGAUUUACACCACCGGACUGGCCUAAAGAAUUUACUGGCAUCAAAGACGCAUCCAAAUACGGAAAGACUUGUAUUCAGGACAGCUGGUUCUCUCCUUCCCAGCAUGCCGAAGAGUGCUUGACGUUCAACUUAUAUCGACCCGCCGGUGUAACCGCAGAGUCCAAACUUCCAGUUUUUGUCUUCUUGCAUGGCGGCGCCUUCGUUCUCGGUAGCGGAAGAAGUUUUGACGGCGCAGCCUUCGUUUCCAAAAGCAAUCAACCGCUUAUCGUUGUUACAGCUCAGUAUCGCCUGGGCGCAUUAGGAAGUCUUCCGAGCAAAUUGUUUGCGGACGAGGGCCUCUUGAAUCUUGGAUUAAGAGACCAGAGGAUGCUACUGGAAUUCAUGCAGAAAUACGUUGUUCAAUUUGGCGGAGAUCCGGAUCGCAUCACGCUGGGCGGACAAAGCGCAGGCGCUCAUUCAGUAGGAUUGCAUCUCUUUCACAACUACGGGAAUGACACAGGGAAAAGUCUAUUCAGCCAAGCCAUUCUUGCUUCGGGUGCACCUACCGCACGAUCGUUUCCACCAGCCACGCAGCCUCUCUACGUCCGUUACUACCAGCAAUUCAUGGACAUGCUCAAAUGCCCAACGUCCGGCACCAACGCUGAAAUUAUGGCAUGUCUACGUGCUAAGCCUCUUCGCAGUAUCCAACAGGCUUCUGGGAAAGUCUACCGAGAUUCACAGUACAAUAUCACUUGGCCCUGGCAACCCGUUUCCGGUGGCCCUCUUCUUGAAAUACUAGGGUCUAUCUCCGGCAGGAACAACACGUUCUUCAAAAUCCCUACGCUCAUAACUUCGACCACCGAUGAAGGGAAGCUAUUCGCCCCCAAAGAUCUCAGCACCAAUGCCCAAUUCAUUGAUUUCAUAAAGAACUUUCAGCCCGGCCUUAACCAAGAUGAUCUUGCAGACCUUAAAGUACUCUACCCUGAUCCUUCGGACGGCAAAGGGCCAUACGCCAACUCACCUGUAUCUAAGCAAUACGAGCGAAUCUCCGCUGCCUAUGGCGAUUAUUCAUACAUCUGCCCUGUACAAGAAACCGCGUAUCGACUGGCCAAAGCAAAUGCGACGGUUUACAAAGCUCGCUGGAACACACCAAACAACUCGGGCGCAAAUAUGGGUGUACCGCAUGCUGCCGACUCGCCCUACUUCAACGGUCUCUCCAAUGUCCAGUUCCCUCCUAUCGCGGACUUGUAUAGCAGCUACUAUGCUAGUUUCAUCGUCAGCGGCGACCCCAAUAGAUACGCGAUUGAAAGUGCUGUAUCGUGGAAGCCCUAUACCGGGGUCGGCAGCGAAGAGCUGGUAGUAGGAAAUGAGGAAAGAGGGGGGGUCAAAAUGGAACAAGAGGAGGAAGGCAUCAGGAUGGAGCAGUGUAGUUGGUGGAGGGACGAGGAAAGGAUGGUGAGGAUGUUCAAAUAAGCAACGCCCACGAACAGUCGCAUCGUUCUUAUCAAGCGUAUUUGUCUUUUUGCAUAGCGAAGGCGCGGGGUUUCAUUGUGUUUGGGUAACAUAACCAUUUUGUUUACAUAUCUUUGCGGACCAGGUGCCGCGCACUCAGGAUGAGAUGUCUGUGUUGAUGAUAGCAUGCAGCGACGAUAGACAUGAUGUAGCGAUUUCCUUCUCUAUUACUCCGCAUCGUCAUUGCAUUGCAUUGCAGUACCAAGCAUCCCCGCCAACACCAACGUGUCUUUGCACUACGAGAGAAUUGCCGAAACGAGUUCCCCACAUUGCAGCUCGCGGGUGGGGACUUCGUAUGAGCUUCAACGUCACAUCCAGUCGUUGAU